AUGGCCAACACAUCAUGGGUGUUGUCCAUCCUGUUUUUGCUGGUGUUUCGGGCUCCACGGAUCACCUCUGUACCUACCCAGCACCUCUGUGGUUCCCACCUGGUGGAUGCCCUAUAUUUCGUAUGUGGAGAGAGGGGCUUCUUUCACAGUCCGAAACGACUUCACAAGAGGGAUCUGGAAAACUUGCUCAGGUUCCUGUCUAAAAGGGCCAGACAAGAACAGCAGCUGUGGAGGAGGUUCUCUGGAGGCGAUGAUUCCAAGGUGAAGAGAGGCAUUGUGGAGCAGUGCUGUCAUAAGCCAUGCAGCAUUUACCACCUGGAAGGCUACUGCGACUGA